UUUAAGGUAGUGGCUUUGGAUAAACGCUCUAACAAGAUAGUGAAAUUAUGUACUCCAAGCUGGCAUGGCUGAUUGUGAUCCAGAUCCUGCGGAACAAACAGGCUCUGUGCAGGGUCCCACCUCCUGCCCUGCCUAGUCACACUCUGCUUCCAGAAACUGACUUACCUGAAGAGGUAGAGGAGGCAGCCCAACAGGAGCACCAGUAUCUGCUUGGAUCCCAAAUCCAGCUUGGUCUCUCAUCUGCAGAAAAGUCUGUUCCUGUAUCAGUCGCUGCACAAGAACAGGAGAGAGUCCAUUCUGCCAAACAUAUGAUAUCAGUCCUCAAUGUGAAGCUUCAGGGGCAAAUUCAAGAUCAUCUCCACAUUCAGGGGAAUGCCAUCUGUCAGGAACUGCUGUCUGCCAGCACUGUGGAUGACCCUUUGUCUUGCAUCUUGCCCCAGGAGCUACUGGGUCUCUCUUUAGUGCCUGUGUUGGUGGUGGCAGGCUGCCCAAAGGAAGCUCAGAGCUUGACACUGAAGCUGUAUGACCUGCUGGGAGUGGCUGAUACAGAAGAACUCUUGACAGAGGUGGUAAGCCUGAUAGACAAGAGAAUGAGCGAGUCAGCAUCUGUACCUGCAUCUGCAUCAGCAGCAUCACCUUCAGAGAGGGACCAAGCUGGGCACCACAUAGAGGCUGUGAUGUUUAAUAUCCAGCAACUGGUGUUGGUUGGAGAAGGUACCUCUAAGCUGGAAGGACACUAUGAGGGUUGGACCAGGGUGAAUGGAACAACUUUGGUAGGAACAGCUGCGGAAGGAGCCACAGGUAGACUGGAGGAGGCAGUGAGUUGCUGUGAGAGACUGGGAGUCCUGUGCAGUGGUGUGACUAGCAGUGGGCUGUUCACAUCUGGGAUAUACCAUGCAGUGUUGAAAAAGGGCAGUCGUAUUCUGCCAUCUGAAUCCCCAGAAUCUGAAUGUUGGAUCCAUCGGUGCAACAUGGAGGAGGAUGUUUCAAAUCCUGCUGCUUUAGGGCGACGGAUAAAGCGCAGUCCCCAGAGGAGUUGUAUCAACAAAGGUGAGGAGCAUGUGCACAAGGUGGUGGAGUGGAUCCCUGCAGUCAGCACCCUCUACAACCUCGGCACAGCUGUGUAUUAUGCAUCAGUUAACUGCCCCGACACAGCCAAGGAUGCCAUUGACCUGGGCACAGAUGCUCUCAUGGUCGCCACAGGGGGGACAGCUGGGGCAGCAGGUUACGCCCUGGGUGCAGGGGUGAAAACCGGUGUGAAAGCUGGAGUUGGGUAUCUGCUCAGCUCCAUGAGGCAUGAAGAUGAUGUGCUGAUGAAUGGGUCCAGCUGGCAGGAGGGUGACAUCACCAUCUAGUAGACUGAACAUACAAGCAGCUUUCUCUGUU